UCGCCCCGUAGCCCUAUAGCAACCGCGGAGGGAGCCAUGAAGGCCGCUCGGAUCGCCAUACGGAACGCCGCUCCCUUGGUCGCAACGGGAGGUGGCGGCGGCGGCCGGGUGACUCGGGAGGUGGACCAUUUCGCUGGUUACUCUCCGUCGCCGCUGUCCAUGAAGCAGUUCCUGGAUUUCGGAUCAACUAAUGCAUGUGAAAGAACUUCUUUUUCAUUUCUCCGGCAUGAACUUCCUGUGCGGCUAGCAAAUAUUCUGAAAGAAAUUGACCUCCUCCCUAGUCCAUUGUUGGGCACUCAAUCAGUACAGUUGGUAAAAAGCUGGUAUGUCGAAAGCUUAAUGGAGCUAGUGGAGUUCCGUGAGAAAAAGUCAGAUGACCACAAAGUUCUAUCUGACUUUAUAGAUGCCAUUGUUAAAGUCCGAAACAGACAUCACGAUGUGGUGCCCACAAUGGCACAAGGAGUACUAGAAUACAGAGAUUCUUCUAAAAUGGACCCAUUCAUCAAUCAAAACAUUCAAUACUUCUUGGAUCGGUUUUAUAUGAACAGGAUAUCCAUCCGGAUGCUAAUAAACCAGCACACACUUAUUUUUGAUAACAGUAACAAUGUGGGCAAUCCACGGCACAUUGGAUGCAUUGACCCUUGCUGUGAUGUUGUAGAUCUGGUGCAUGAUGCUUUCCAGAGUGCCCAGAUGCUUUGUGACCAGUACUAUUUUGGUUCUCCAGAAUUAAAGCUGACUCAAGUGAAUGGAAAGGCAGCCGGACAGCCUAUUUAUAUAGUAUAUGUGCCUUCCCAUCUCUUUCACAUGCUGUUUGAACUCUUCAAGAAUGCAAUGAGGGCAACAGUUGAACAUCAGGAAAAGAAACCUUCCCUUGAUCCUAUUGACGUGACCAUUGUACUUGGAAAAGAAGACCUGUCAAUUAAGAUAUCUGAUAGAGGUGGUGGUGUUCCAGUGCGGAAAAUAGAAAGUCUCUUCAGUUACACAUAUUCUACAGCACCAAAGCCUGUGAUGGACAACAAAAACUCUGCUCCUUUGGCUGGUUUUGGUUAUGGCUUACCAAUUUCUCGCCUGUAUGCGAAAUACUUUCAUGGGGACCUCAAUCUGUGUUCCAUUUCUGGUUAUGGAACAGAUGCUCUUAUUUACUUAAAGGCCCUUUCCACAGACUCUAUAGAAAAACUUCCUGUUUUCAACAAGUCUGCUUAUAAGCAUUAUCAAACAUCUAUAGAAGCAGAUGACUGGUGUGUUCCAAGCAAAGAACCAAGAAACUUGGCAAGGCAGAGUGCAGUUGCAUGAAGUCUGCAUUUGUCCAGGACAUUUGAAAGGGGAUCAAACCAAUGUUUCGGUUAGGACUAAUGAAACAAAUAACUUGACAUCACUCCUGUUCUAUCUCAGGACUUAUGAUAGAGAAGAAAAUAUCAUAUGGAACAGGUGAUUACAGCUUAGACUGUACAUGUACUGUACUUGUAUUACAGUAUGUAGAAUGAAAACCGAUAAGUUAGGAGAUCAAAUGCAUAGGAAGGUGUGCAUAUUGUUCUUUUUAAUCUUUUGAAAUUUAGAUUAACACUCCACCAAGCACUAAUGUAUUCAGACUUCUGAGCUAGGACUCGGUAUGUUUAAAAACUGUAUGUCAUGGUUAAACUCCAACACAAAAUAUUUAACCUUUUCCCUAAUCCAGUCACUAGUUAUUUCAUCCAAUUACAAAAUUGUGACUUUAGUUAUAUUUAUGUAUAUCUGACACACUCACAGAGAGCCUAGUUGAAAGAUUAGUGACAAUAGUGUUACCUUGACUGCAGUUAAGUAGUUUGACUUGAUGAAAUGCUGAGACAAUAGUACAAUAGUGAAAGUUGCAUCUUUCUACUCUUACUCCAAGUGGUAAAUGUUACUUAAAUUCUCUCCCACCCAUUCCCCCACACACCUGAACAGCUAUAUUUCUAUACAACAUCUUUCUAUUGCUUUUCUAAAAGCUGAGGUUUUGUUAUUAAUGGAGAAGGGUCUUAAAGUGAUGUAAAGGAAGUUAUGGGUUUGUAUCGUAAAGACAAAGUUUAUUAACCAUAUAUUUACAUGGAGUGAGGGAACAGCAAUAAAAAUAGAGGGUUUUCAAGAGCAUUAAAAUGCAAGUCAUUUUUUAAUGGGCUGAGCAGGAUAUGAAGGUAUAUGAAAGCAGGGAGGCUAGUUCUCUGAAUGGAACUGUUCCUGUGUGCUACAGUCCAAUUGUGAAGGUUCCAGGGAGUGGAUUUGGAUCAUGGUUGGUGUAUUAGUCUGGGAGCCACCUGAUACCGUGCAACUUUCGAAAUGUGACUUUCGAAGUUUUAAAUGUUAAGAUUACACCCGUGACAUUUUACAGGGGUUUGAUGAUAAAUAGGUUAUGGAGGAUAGUGUAUCUGAAUUCAAAAGGAUUGGAAAAUGCAUACAUGGGAAACAUGAGACUUGUUAGUUCCCUGCAUAGCAGCAAAUGGUGAGAAUAGCAGAAUGGUUUCCUUUUCAUGAAGAAUCAUUGGGAGAAUAUUCAUUCCAAAUAAUUGGCACUCUUCAAAACCUAGGAGUUUGAGGGCCCAGCCAGUGACAAUCUAGGUCAGUCUUUUCUUUUAGGUAAUAUGCUAAAGAGGUAAUCCUAGUUCAUUUUAAAAGGAUCACUGUGAAGAUUUAGUGUCCAUACUCAGUUAUGGCAGCUUCAUUACUGUCACAUUUGCUGAUGUCCAUUUUGCAGUGGACAUUGGGUUGAAUAGGUAAUCCCAGCCAUGUGAGGCUAUUGUGUGCAGUUGGUACACUGUACCAACAAAAGGCUUAACAGCUAGCAUUGCUGGAGUAUUUGAUGUUUUUGUUCCCAUUGAAAAUAUAGUUCAGAUUUGGGAAAUACUGAAGAUUUUUGUUUUGUGAAGUGCCUAUCAUUAUGCUCUGAUCAUGAGGAGGAAAAUAGGUAGUUGAUAUGGUAAUAGCAAGUGUACAUCUGAGUUGCCAGCUAUAUAGCAGUUACUAAUGGUGAAGUUGUAAUAGACUGUAUGAAUGCUUAGCAUAAUAUUCUAAUGAUAUCACAGUGGCUGGCAGUAUUGGAUAAGAAGAUGAGGGUGUGAUCUAAAUCAGCUUUGUAGAACCGCACAUUUAUUCAGCCAGUGUGUUUUGGUAGCUUUGAUAAAACUUGUGCACUUUGACCUCAUACAGCGUAUAACAUCUGUUUAAAAUAAGUUGUUUUGCUAAUGUUCUAAUAACAUACACUACCAAUCUAUGCAUUGUUUCUGGAAAAACAACCAAAGGUGCCAUCUUUCCUCUGUCACAGAUUUUAUUAUGAAAUUAAAGGGAAAUGGGAUUCCUUUAAAAGCAUCUGGGCUGAAUUAUGGGGCUGGAACAAAGAUGAGCCUAGGUACAAAAAACUUGUUUGGAGAAAAAUAAGCUUUUGGUGCUGUUCGUGCUCAGCAUACAAGUCUCAAAAGCUGUCUGUGCAGAGUGUAAGAAACCCAAAAUGGAUUUGAAUUUUAGUAGACUGAGUUAUUUUUGCUACAGUGUGCCUCCUACUUCUAGGGUACUUGAGAUGUACUGUAUUUUUUUUAAAUAAAAUUAUUUUCAAAAAUGU